AUUGCAAGUGCAAUUAAAGUAAUCAUCUAAUUCCAAAACUAUGAAAAUUAUAUCUCUCGGUUUGCAAUUGGCAUUCUUAUUUGCCGUAGUGGCUCAGAACAAUGCUGCCACAAUAAAGGUCAAGAGAUCUCCAUUGAACUUACUCGGUUCAGUUACUGGAAGUAGCGGAGGUUUAACUGGUGGUUUAACUGGAGGUUUAACUGGUGGUUUACUUGGAGGUUCUGGAGGCUUAACUGGAAGUUUGCCCGUGGUAGGUGGUCUACUUGGAGGUUCAAGUGGAGGUUUACUAGGAGGUCUAACUGGAGGCUCUGGUGGCUUAACUGGAAGUUUGCCUGUAGUAGGUGGUCUACUUGGGGGUUCUGGAGGCUUAACUGGAAGUUUGCCCGUAGUGGGCGGCCUACUUGGAGGAUCAGGUGGUGGUGAUCUAGUUGGCAGUGUAACUGGAGGUUUACCUGUAGUAGGUGGCCUACUUGGAGGUUCAGGUGGUGGUGAUCUACUUGGCAGUGUAACUGGAGGUUUGCCUUUAGUAGGAGGCCUACUUGGAGGUGCAGCUGGAGGUAACUUACUUGGUGGCUUGCCUGUACUAGGUGGUCUACUUGGAGGUACUGGUGGUCUUGAUUUAUCAAAUAUUGCCGGAAUUGUACCAAACCUAGUCGGAUCAGUAGUUGGAACUGUACUUAAUUUAGUCGCUAGCCUACCAGUUGCUGCUGUUAAUCUUAUUUCAAGUAUAUUUGGAAAUGUUGAUUUAAGUGGCAAUACGCCCAUUUCUGUUGUCCAUUUACUUGGAGAUUCAUUUGAAAAUUCACCCCUCGGAAGUGUACCUGGCUUAAGCGGACUCCAGUCAACUUUACUCGCUCAAGGCAAUGAUAUCGAUUCUACCAUGACAAAUGUAUAUAAUUUACAACAAAUAGUCGAUGGUCUACAAAAGAAGAUACAAGCAACAGCUGAUGGACCAGAAAAGGAUGCACUACAAGCUCAAUUGCAGCAAGUUCAAGGUGUUUUGCAGCAACAACAGGACCUCCUGACACAACAAUUGAAUGCCCUUAAAUCCCAAAUGGAUUUGGCCAACAAUGUAGCAGCUCAAUUUGCCCAAGCUGCAGACAUGGAAAAACACGUAGCAGACUUAAAAGCUCAGUUGAACUCAGCUGUAGGCGAUGCAAAGGCCCCAAUCCAGGCGGCCUUAAACACAGCACAGUCUGGUUUAGAUCAGAGAUAUAAUGAUGUAUUCAGUCAAUUGAAAUCGUUCAUUGAAAAUGGUAUUGAGAAUGUCAUUGGUGCUGUACAGGGAAAUGCUGCCAACUUACCGGGAGAUGUUACAAAUCAUGUAGUUGAAAACUUAAAUGGCAUAACCACAACAUUGAAUAGUGUUUUCGGCGAAGAUAUUCCCAAUAUAGGCGAGAUUAUACCAGAGCUAGAUGGUUUCAAGCCGGCUUUGAUUGCUUUAGCCCAAAAUAUACCCCCUCAAUUGGCUGAAGUAACUGAUUUAAUUAGUAAUAUAGCUACAUUAUCCCAGCAAUUGCCUUCGGCUACAGGCGAUGAACAAGCUGCUAUAUCCGCUGCACUGCAGCAAGCGGUUUCUAGCUUGGUCGAUAAAUUGAAAACUCUAACAGAAUCAUCUUCUGCUUUGAAAGUGUUCACUGAUUUGGCAAAAUUAAUUGCAGCUCGUUAUGCUGAAAUACAAACCUUACACCAACAACUGUCUUCGGCUCCCGCUGAUAUGCAGGCUCAACUUGCAGCUCAAUUGCAGCAAAAACAAAAUGAUUUAGCUGGUAUUGCCGGUCAAAUGCAAGGACUAAUUCAAACUGUUACUAAUAGCAAUGCAGCUGGUAGCAUUAAUGCUGAUACGAUUAACCACGUUGUUAGCGGAGGCUCAUCAUUGCUGAAUAUUGCUAAGGUUGGAUUUGAGACAGUUUUAGGUACGGUGGGUUCAGUUGUAGGUUUAGGAGCCGGUCUCUUAUCUUCUGUUGCCGGCUUGGCUGCCAACUUGCUUGGCAAUACAGCUGCUGCAGGCGUUAAUGCAGUAGGUGGUUUAUUAAGUGGUGUUACCAACGCUGCCUCAAACAUUCUAGGCGGCAACACUAACAUUCUGGGCAGCUUAGGUUCUGUAGGAACUGGUUUAGCUGGAAAUUUAUUAUCCGGUGGUUCGUCUGUAUUAAAUACUGCCACCAAUAUAGCUGCUGCUCCUGUCUCUGUUGUUAGCUCUGUAGCACAACCAGCUAUUUUAACCGGAGGUCUGUUUUAAAAUUUCUCACAGCUCUAAAACAUAACUUCAAUUUUCUUAAUUUGUAAAGCUCAAUUUAAAAUAUGCAUUUUUAAUCAUAAAGAUUAUUUGUAAUUUGUGUGUAAUAAUUAAUUUAAAUAAAUAUAACCGAUAUAACGACCUAUAAAGGUUUUGAAUGCAA